AAAUUCCAAUAUUCUUUUUCAAUUUGUUUUAUCUUCCGACCCACCUUAACCAGAAAAAGCCGCAUAAGAGAAACAGAAAGAUACGAUGGAAGUAUCAGCAGAAGAGUACCACUCAAGCGACUUUCAAUGGGAAGACUUGAAGAAUCGAAUAGAAAGCGAUCCCUCUCUCCACUACCAUAUUCUCCCUUUUCAGUCUUCACAACACCAUCAACUCAAACCAGAAGCGCGUCAGAAAAAAGUGCAAGAUCUUCUUACAGAAGAUUCAGAAGCAUGGCAGACGUUCCACACUCGCCAUUCGUCGGGAAAAUUCUUCAAGGAGAGAAGGUAUUUAUUGAAAGAAUUCCCAGAACUGGUUGCUUGUGGAGAAUACUCGAAGCUUUUGGAGGUUGGAUGUGGUAAUGGGAGUUCUGUGCUUCCUAUACUUCGUGGGAACAAGAAUAUGGUGAUAUAUGCUUGCGACUGUAGCACUGAGGCUCUUGAGAGGACUGAAGAGUCCAUUCGUGCAGCUAACUUGAUUUCAGAUUGUUUCCGCACAUUUUGUUGUGAUUUUUCCACAACUGGAUUCUCAAGUGGUUGGCCAUGCAAUCCU